AUGUGGGCACUGAGCAUGGAUGAGUGGCGAGAGGUCUUUCGGCAGCAGAUGCGAGAGGCAAAACCUGGCGACAACUGGAGUCUGAAGAACCAGGAUCAGCUGGAUGUGCACAGCUUGGAACCUGGGUGGGAGAGGUCCCUGCAGGAACGGGCCCAUUUCUUCUUGUUUGCUUACAUGUAUCUUCCUUUCCUUCUCCUGCCUUCCCUCAUUAGCUUUGCGUGUUCCCAGUGCGACCGCACGUGGUCCUCAUAUCAAGUGGUGAUCUUGUUCCACAUGCUCUGGGAGGGAACUAAGCGACAGGGAUGGGUCAAGAGGAAGCUCUUCCGCCAACAGUGCCAAGGCUGCUCCUCCACCCAGAAGGAAAGGCCACUCUUCACCAGGAAGGACGUGGAGAGCGUCAUACAAGCCUUGAUCCUGGACAUCCGUGAGAAAUGCUAUGGAGAACGUGUCCGUCGUAUUGAGCUCUUGGAGGUGGUGUGUGAGGGAGGAGGACCGCACAAGAGAGAAUUCUGUGAGGCCUGCCAGAUGGGGCUACACAAAGGGCACCAUGGGAAGCCUGACGGUGCACUGCAUCAUGGGAAGUCUGACACUGCGCUGCAUCAUGGGGAAUUUGACGGUGCACUGCAUCAUGGGGAGUUUGACACUGCGGUGCAUCAUGGGAAGUCUGACACUGUGCUGCAUCAAGGGGAGUUUGAUGGUGCACUGCAUCAUGGGAAGUUUGACACUGCACUGCAUCAUGGGAAGUUUGACACUGCGCUGCAUUAUGGGGAGUUUUGA